AUUUUCCUUUUUCUUUUAUUAAGUCCUUCUUUUCUCUCUCUACCUCUUCAUAAUCACUCACACCACUCCCCAUUUCUCCUUUCAUCACUUUCUUCAUUCUCUCUCUCUCCUCAGUCUAGGAGUGAGAGAAGGUUCAUAUAAACACAGAAAUAGAGUGAUAGACAGAUAGAUAGGUAGCUUCAGAUAGAUACAUUUAUACAUUCAUUUCCUCCAUUUUUUGUUCUUGAAUUCUCUCUCUUUCUUGGGAGCUGUGCCAACAGGAAUUCUUUUUAAGAGGAGACUUGAAUUUCCCAAUAAAACAAGGAAAAUGGGGCCAAAUUUGGGGGAUGAUAUUGAUUGUGCAAACUUCUUUGAUCAAAUUGAUGACUUGAUUGAGUUUCCCCCUGAAAAUGAAUGUGUUGGAGGUGACGUUCCUGGCGUUGGCGCCGGAGAUUUGGUUGGCUCCGGUGAUAAGAAGGAUGUUCCGAGCAUGUGGAGCGAUGCAUUGCCGGAGACGGACCUUUAUUUUGCGAACAAAGGCGCUGCUUCCGACCUCUCUGCCGAGCUCUCUGUUCCGUAUGAGGAUAUCCUGCAGCUGGAAUGGCUCUCGAAUUUCGUGGAGGAUUCGUUCUCCGGUGGAGGGAUGACCAUCCCGAAGGAGAACCCGAGCCCGGCCAUCCCGAAGGAGCUGUCGCAUCACCAAUUCGAAACCUUGAGCCCGGUUUCGGUUUUGGAGAGUAGCAGCAGUAGCAACAGCAACAGCAGUAGCAAUUCGUUCUCGGGCGGGAUGGGUAUGCCGUUCCGCCCUACCCCUGCCCAGCGCGGAGCCCAACGCGCUCGGAGCAAGCGCCCUCGCCCGGCGACAUUCAACCCUCGGGCCGCCAUCCAGCUCCUCUCCCCGCCCCCGAAGUUUGCCCCGGCCGAGUCUGAGAACUUCGCCGAGUCGCCCCCAAAACCGGCCUUAGCCGAGCAGAAGAAGGAAAAGAAGAUCAAGAUAACCCCGCCCGUGAGCCUCGCCGAUAACCCGGCGCCCGUCCGGAAAUGCAUGCACUGCGAGAUCACGAAGACCCCUCAGUGGAGGGCCGGCCCCAUGGGGCCGAAAUCACUAUGCAACGCAUGUGGGGUCCGCUACAAGUCCGGCCGCCUGUUCCCCGAGUACCGCCCGGCAGCUAGCCCUACCUUCGUUCCGUCCCUGCACUCGAACUCGCACAAGAAGGUUGUUGAAAUGAGGACCAAGCUACCAACGACUUCAGAGGCAGAGGUGGAGAUGAUCCCGAGGCCGAGCAUGGCCUAAAUCCGUUGCAAGAAAGGUAUACAGGCCUUGUAUGUCUGAAAUCUCGUAUUUUAUUUCAUCAGUUCGAUGCUACUCGUUUAGUUCGAUGGUACUUGUUUAGACAAUUUUAUUUCGAUUUCUUUGUUCGUUGGUUCGUUGUACAGUAUGUGAUCGGGGUGUCGGGCAUAGCGAUGAUGACAAUAAGUUUAGCUAGUUGGAGAGGAGGAAUGAGAGAGUGUAGAUUGGGUUUAGACAAGAAAGGGAGAUUUAGGACUAGAUGUUGUUAGAUGAUUCGAAUAGCUAUGUCUGAUUAUCCCUUUCAUGGGAAAUUCUUUUUGCAGUUUGAAGGGAUUUUUUUAAUUGGUUUAUGGUUUAUGGUUUAUGAUUUAUGAUUUA